GAGAAUAGAAAGGGAGAGAAGGAGAGAAUGUAUGGUCAACGGCAAGUGCUUCCUUGUUCAUGUCCUGGGCCUUUGUGAAUAAACCAUGGGAUGUAUUGGCUCGCGAACACUCACGGCAGAUGGGGUUCCAGUACAGAAGGAUGGGGAACAGCAAUCCAUGGAGGACACGACCUCCAUUUUGCCCCAGCUAAAGAAGCGGAAUUCCAACGCCUACAGCAUUGGUGCUCUGGCUAAGUCCUCACUGUCAGGUGUGUCAGGAGUGUCUCGGUCUAUGAAGGACAAGGUGACAAAGCCGACAGCCAUGGCGCAGGGUCGUGUGGCCCAUAUGAUAGAGUGGCAGAACUGGGGCAUGCAGACGGUGGGACCGGGAGGCUCCAGUGCUGGCCGAAUCUCCACCCGCAAUCUUCAGCACGAGCGUAAGCUGGAGAACGACGCCUACAGUGACCUUAGCGAUGGAGAGAAGGAGGCACGCUUUGCAGCAGGUGUUAUGCAGCAGUUUGCAAUAUCCGAGGCCACUUUGCUAGCUUGGAACUCCAUGGACGGAGAAAGCAUGAGUGCAGGCUCCAACCAAGGCAGUGUUGCCCAUCUGAGUGAGGCCAAUCAGGAGAGCAUCACCAGCCGAGACCAGAUAUUACACCAUUCCUCUGCAGAAGUGUGGCCUCACGCAUACAUCUCGCAGGGCCUCUACUGCCUCUCCUCUUCAGAUGCUUGGGAGCCAAUCAGCAACGAGCAGUCAGGAGUAGCCUCUCCAGCCACAGGCUCCUAUGUCAUGACUGGCGGAACUUCCUGUGAUAGCAGCUAUGAUGGAAAUGCUGCGGCUCACUUCCUAUCACAGCAACAUCAGCAGCAGUUCAUCCAACAACACCAGAGCCAAUUACAACAGAUACAGCAACUACAGCAACUACAGCAGAUACAGCAAUACCAGCAACAACAGAUAAUGCAGUAUCAGCAACAGCAACAGAUAUUGGAACAAAGAAUACAUAGUACCACACAGUCUUUACAGGUUACGCCCAACAGCACCAUCCACAGUCUACCGCCACUCACUCACCCACCCCUGGUGGAUCUGUGGGGGGCAGGGCUUACUGAGACGUACCCGGCUGAAGUAGGUGGGUAUAUCGGCAUGGGUGCAACCAUUGAGGGAAAUCUAACGGCCCCCUCAGAAGACAUGGGAACAGAACACUCACCUUUACUGGAAGCUCAAGAAGAGGACGAGAUCAAGGAGGAAGAGGUAAUGUUAUGCAUGGAACCAGAACCAGUGACUUUAAUUCCUUCUCCAGCUGCACAGAGAGAGGAAGUGACCUCAGCAGUAGGAAGCAGUCCGGGACAGGUCCCUGGGGAAUCAAUCACAGAAUGGAAACCUUCCGAUGUCACACCGUCUGUUAAUGAAAUACUGGAGGAAAAAGAGGAGGAGUCAGAAUCCUCAUCGGCCAGUGCCACGGUAACAAAAUGAGUGUUAGGAGCACCGAGGAGAACUGAGUUCGAUCAACACUUAAUGCUACAUAAUCAACUCUUUGAAUUGAUCCGUCACUUUUCAGGAAUUGCUCCUUUGUGAUGGAUCUUGUGUGACUGCAAAUACAAUAAGGAGAAAAUGAUACGAUUUUCUAACAAAUGUUACACUUCUUAAGAGGAGCACAGGAGGGAGAGAGAGGGGGGAGGAUAAAGGUAUACACAAAGGGGAUUUGGAGAGAUGAGCACAGACAGUGGUUAAACAAAGGUUAAAUACAUGCAUGCUAUUUACAUGGUUGCUACUCUUUGCUAAGAACCUACAUAAACCAUCAUAACAAAAACACCAGAAACACCUGAUACAUACAGCCCAAAAAGGAUAAUUUCUAAUAAAGCAAUUUAAACGUAAUAAACAUAAGGUAUAGUGUAAAGUCGGCUUUGUUUCAGUCAACAGCUUCUUCAUCCUUUAUAGAUAUCACGUAUUAUUAUAGAAGUUAAACUGAUGCCACAGAAAACUAAUUAUGAAAUGGAUUUGAAUACCCAUGGAGCAAAAACUUUCUUUUCCCUAUUGGUUAUUCAUCACCCAUCAAUUCACAGACAUCUGCGCUCGCACGCACACACACACACGCGCACACACACGCACACA